AUGUUCAAUGAGAUCGAUGGGGACCUUGAUGACAUGGCCAUAAGGACUUUUAAGGUCGGCCUGCCUACUGAGCACGAUUUGAGAAAGUCCUUGACCAAGAAGCCGGUAAAGAGUGUGAGUCGGCUUAUGGAUCAUAUUAAUGAAUACAAGUGGAUUGAGGAAGACCAGCAGCAAAGGAAGGGAAAGGAUAAGAAGCGAGGGCAUAACACCGAGGACUAUAGAACUCUAUGGAACCAUCUAGAGCAACUAGUUAGAGAUGGAAGGUUACAACAGUUUUUGUAUCGGCCCAAUGGGCAAAGAGACCAAGCAAGGUCAGGGGCUCAGGAGAAUGCUUCUUCGAGGCCCCCUUUGGGCACAAUUAAUGUCAUUUUUGUUGCUCCUAGGAGAACUAGUUCUCAUCCCUCAAAGGUGAUAUUUGUAGCUCGGCUACCCAUCGAGAACUCUAAUUCUGAGCCGAAAAGGGCUAGAGUGAAAAUCCGACCGGUGUUGAGUUUCCCGGACGAGGACAAGAUUGGAAUCAUACGGCCACACAAUGAUGCUUUAGUGGUCACCCUCAAGAUAGGAGGGUAUGAUGUGAAAAGGGUGUUGGUAGACCAAGGCAGUGGUGCAGAGAUUAUGUACCCUGACUUGUACAGAGGGCUAAACUUGAAGUCUGAGGAUUUAACAACCUAUGAUUCACCUUUGGCAAGUUUUGAUGGGAAAGUUGUCAUCCCAAAGGGUCAAAUUAGAUUGCCCAUAUAA